UUCUUUAAGAAUGGGUUACAAAAUAUUCCAACAGCUCUAAACUCAUUUGCGAAUUCUCUGCAAAAGUUAGAAAUUUCUUACCAAAGAAGGAUGACGAGUGUCGAUUUUAACGGGAUGAAUGACUUCUAUAACCUUACAUCACUAGAUUUGAGCAGCAACAGCAUUUUGGAAAUCGGAAGGUACUCAUUUAGUGGAUUAAGUAAAUUGCAGACAUUGACUCUUCAGAAUAACAAUAUAAGAACUAUUGAUGAUGGCGUAUUUGAUCCCAUUGAGAAUCUUCAGAGUCUCGAUUUGAGCCUUAACAAACUUCAUGUAAUACCUUCUACGAUGAAAAGCCUUAUCCACCUUGUAGAACUUGAUUUAAGUUACAACAACAUUUCAGAUUUGCGGAAUUUUGAUUUUAUUGCAUUCAUGCCAAACCUGACCUCUUUGAAACUCCAAGGAAAUGCAAUCAAUACAAUUGAUAAUAUUUCUUUAGAUGUUUUGUAUAACUCAUCAAAUUUAGUCAAUAUCCGACUUUGCGGCAACCCUUUCCGAUGUAACAAGGCGCUUUGUGAUUUUAUGUUGUAUGCCAAAUUAUACCUGUCAUUUUCAUCGUACGAUCUUCUGGACUUUACAUGGGGGUCUGUAAAAUGUACCUACUCAUGUGGCUAUCCAUUUAGGUACUUGGGAAAAACCUUUGACAAUGUUUAUGGAGAUCUUUGCCUCAGGAGCUUAGACCUACCGACCGAAGUACCGGUGGUUAUUAAGAAGAACAGAAAAUCUGUACGCGUUAUAUCAAUAGUUUUGGGUGUUCUUAGUAGUGGUGGUGUUAUGUUUGGAUUCCUUGCCUUCAUCGCAUUUCGUCGCUUGAGACAUCUUCAUCGAGGUUUUAUCUUUGCUGGACACGGGUUCGUCAAUUUCAAUAACAGAAGGGCUCCCGAUAUCAGGUUUGAUGCUCUUGUUUAUAACCACGUCCGGGAGAGCAAUUUUGUCGACGACCGUCUCCGACCAAGGCUUGAAGACCCACCGAACGACUUCCAUCUAUGCCUUCCGUUGACCCGCGAUUUCCGUCUAGGUGCAAAGAAGUUGAACAAUCUGCGCGAAUCCAUGAUCGCCAGUAGGUGCGCCAUUUUCGUCAUCAGCGAGGCAUUUGUCCAAGAUGCCAGAUGCAAGCAGGCACUUGAAGUGGCGUGUGAGUUCUUGCAUCGGGAUGAUCUUGGGCCAGCGCACCUGAAGCAAACGGGACUGAUCUUGAUAAUUUUAGACCCAGUACUCUUGGAUGAACUGCCAGAAACCCUGAGAGUCCUAGUCGAUCGCUUGGUCACCCUGGAGUGGGAGAACUUCAAUGAAGAGCGUUGUUGGAGAAGGCUUGAGCGGGCACUUGAACAAUUUAGAGAGCCGGACGAAAUAUGAAACUUGCAUU